AUGUUGACUACCGCAACCACCAUUACUGCCGCAAACCCCGUCAAACGACUCGUCGGGGCUGAAAGCACACCACCUGCUCUUUCCCCAGGCGAGGAGAUCUUGAGUAAUGGGUAUCUAUCCGAUGAAAAACCUCACCAUGGGCAAGACAGUGAAGUUGGAGACUUUGGCUGGGGCCCUUGGAAAAUCCAGGAUGUUCUGAUCCCACCAUAUGCCGGCAAGGGAUUGACCAAGAAGUAUUAUCAGCGACGGACACUGUAUCUCUAUGCUGCAAUGUCACUUGGGGGGUAUUGGGCUUUCAGGAACCUUUCCAGCCCCUCUUGGAAGGCUGCUGCGCUAGGCCUUUUAUUUCCUGGGGCCGGGCUCACAGCAGUCGGGACGGUGACGUCCUUUGCUGCCUUCAUCGCGACUUUGAUUCUCAUCCCAAUCACGGUCUUCAUCUGGUUUGCCAUGGGCGGGAUCUUCUUUCCUCUUGCAAAUUAUCUUGGAUCAGCCGUGCUCGCUGGCUACCUGGCAGAAGGCAAAUUGGUCGAAGGGGCGGGUGUCUUCUGGCUCGGCUUCUGCUGGCUUGCGAUCGCAUACUUGAUGAGCAAUGCUCGAAGUCUCAACGCUGCUGGGUACACCAAAGCGCAAGAACGAAACAAAUACCUCGUGCACGCGGUCUCAGAACAACGCGCAAAUGCAAUCCCGGCGCCUCCACCAGGGAGCCGCGAGCUGGACCUCCAGACACUCCGCCACGUCCAACAUAUGCUCGAGCGCGGGUUAAGCGCCAGAGAUGAUUUCAGCUUCCAUGAUGUGAUCGAUCAAUUUCAAACAGGUGCUGUUCGGUACCAGCUUUAUGGCGUGGUCGACGUCUUGAGCUUGUACCAGUGCCAUUACACCCCUGGAUUCCACGGCUAUCUUUCACAGGCUUCGAAGAAUUGCAUUGAGAAGAGUCUCCAAAAGCGCAUCAUGUCAUACUGGAAAUGGGAAUCAAUCUUCGGCAAAUUCACACUUAGUGACUGGGAUCCUAUCAAGAAGGACAAUAUUAUGGUUACAGGCUAUUUGAGCUCCGCAAUGGGACUCUACGCUCAAGCAUCUGGAGACCGAUCCUACAAUGACAAGGAUUCACUCGAGUUCGUCAUUGACGAUGGGAUGCACUACAAGACCAAUUAUCAGGGUCUUGCUGAUGCUCUUAACAAGAAUAUGACGGAAAACCCAUAUUGCUUGUAUCCCUGUGAGCCAAACUGGACAUAUUCACUGUGCAACUUAACUGGAAUGGCAGGCCUUGUGAUAUCUGACAGGAUCCUUGGCCGUGACCUAGGAGUAAGGCUCAGGAACCGAUUUGAACGGGCUCUCGAGGAGGACUUUACAGAGUGUGACGGAAGGAUCUUGCCAAUCCGCAGCGAAUUUACUGGAUUGACCCUCCCAGGGCUUUGCGGAACCUUGACAGAUUGCAUCAAUGCAAUGCUGCUGACCGCAUACCUGCCGCAUCUGGCACACCGAAACUGGGCGAUGAUCCGAAAGGAGUUCUUAACCUACGACAAAGAUGGUCAGCUUGACGUCAAAGGUCUCAAAGGAGCUGAUAAAAUGGACCCCGGCAACUACCGUGCAGGUGAAGGACCGCUUCGAGCCUUCAUCGCUGCGACUGCUGCCGAGUUUGGCGACGAAAAAGUCCGCAAGGAAGCACUUGCUCAGCUGGACAACAAGUAUUUCCCGGUGGAGGCCACGGAGACGGGCUCACUGAGAAACAAAGGCCUUUCUGCGACGACGCAGGUCAUCGCUCUUAUGGCUCGACUCAUCAGACACCGGGAUCUUGCCAAUGCCACACUCCAUGGUCCUGAGCCUAACGCUCUAGCAGGCCCGAUCCUUGAGCACGCACCGUUUCCAGACGUGCUUGUUGCAAAGGCAUACAGCAAAGAUGCGCAAGAAUUGGAUCUUGUCCUUUACAACGGUAAAGACUCGGGCACAUUCAACCUAGGGUUUGAGCGACUCAUCCCGAAUAAGACUUACACCUUAAGCACGGGCGGCACUUUCACUUCAGACGCGGAUGGAAAGGGAAGAGCAAAGGUGGCGGUCAGAGAUCGCACACAUGUCAUUCUCAAGCCACAAGCCUAA